UUCAAAAACGCACUGCGAAUACACAGGCGAUGGAACCAAGUCGCACGAGAGUUUGCAUUUGUUAUUUAAUAUCGACAUUUCUAAUUGGUUUCUUCAUCUACAUACUGGUCUCGAGCAAUUUGGAGAAUAGUCGCAAACUCGGCCGACUGCGUGAGGAGGUCGACGAGAUAGCGCACGUUGUGCUGCAUACGGCGCCGGGGCAAGGUGACACAAAGCACUUAAAUGAGAUCGUUGACGGCAUACUGAAGAAGCGGCUCGCCGGCAUCUGGGAUGACUUGUACACGAUGAAAAAGCAGUUGCGACUCACAGAAUGUGCCGGCCGCACGACAACGACCGCACACACCACGACGGCGGAGGGUGAAGGUGGCGCCCUAAUGGAGCGCACUGUGCCGGCGCGUAUCAACUAUGCGGCGGAGGAGUUAGGCGCUAAGGUGCAGGAUGUGAACGCUGAGCCGCUGGAUGGCGGCAAUCUGGUGCGAUCAGUGCUCGGCCUGCAGUACAGCGCAAAUCCGCCUAUAAAUAUGCUGAAACCCGGCAUGGAACCGGGCAAUUGUUUUGCUUUCAAGCGCGCCAAGGCGGUGGUGACCAUCAAGCUGGCGCAGGCGAUAUUUGUGGAGAGCUUCGAGUUGGCGCAUCUGUGCAAGGACAAUGCGCCCAAUAAUGAUACAACGAGUGCGCCGAAGGAAUUCGAAGUUUAUGGCAUCACCGCUACUUCAUCGAAAGAAGCGAAGUUUGGUGACUUUACCUACACAAAUCAGCAUCCGCCUGUGCAGAAUUACGAGGUGAAGAGUGAAUGUAAAUACCUUUAUAUGCGCUUCAAGUUUAAGUCCAAUCAUGGGCAUCCGGARUACACCUGCAUCUAUCGCAUUGCAGUCUAUGGGCGUACCCAGAAAUGAGCAAUAGUUGACGCGUUGUCGAACAGUAUAAAACUAAAUGGCUAAAGGCUUUAAGAUCACCCACAUAUUUAUAGGUUUUAUCCCUCAUAUGGGGUAUAUAAUAUACAUAUGUAUAUAAUAUACAUAUGUAUAUGCGGUAAAUAGUAUUUAUUACAACUUUUUUAUGACUCAGGUAAAAUAUUUGUUAAAGAAAAUUGUUAACUUUUCUUGCUUACACUUAUGUUUCGUAUAUUUUUUACAC